AUGGCAAUCGACCAAGACGUCGAAGAAUUAUUGAUCAUCGGAGAUUCGGAUCUGAUCAUCCGACAAGCUCAGGGAGAAUGGGAAACUCGAGAUGUCAAGCUUAUUCCCUACAGGCAAUAUGUGGAAGAUCUUAGCAGGCGGUUCAAGUCAAUCGAGUUCAGGUACAUCCCUCGUUGUCGCAAUGAAUUGGCCGAUGCGCUCGCUACUUUGGCCUCGAUGUUGCCAUGCCCAGGUAAUGCCCACAUUGACCCUUUGGAAAUCCAAAUUCGAGAAAGGCACGAUUACAGCAAUACGGUUGAGGCAGAACCAAAUAUUCAGCCAUGGUAUCAUGAUAUCAAGAGAUUUCUGAAAACUAAAGAAUAUCUCGAGCAAGCCAGUAGAGACCAAAAGAGGACUAUCAGACGGCUCGCAAGUGGUUUCUUCUUGAGUGGUGAGUCAUUUGAUGAGAGAGAUAUGCGAACAGUUCAAGAUAAUGCAUCGGAACUCUACUCCUUAUUGGCCCAAAGCCAAUGGUGUUGUCGAGGAAUCAAACAAGAACAUCAAGAAGAUUCUGAGAAAGAUGAUCCAAAGUUCCAGGCAAUGGCAUGA